AUGGCCAUUAUCGAGCCCAUAGGUCUUUCUCGUGAGCAGGACAGGAAAAUGCUUCCGCUGGCAACCCCACUCUUUCUCUCUAGCUCACCUAUACCGUAUUUGAAAAUAAAUCCUCAGGAAUAUAUGAAGAAACCUCAACUUCGGGAAAGUUCAGCGCGACCUAUUAAUGUUUCCUCGGUUCCUCGACAUGUAGUCGAUGCCCUGUUGAGACACUAUUGCGAGAUAUACCGUCCUCAAUAUCCAGGAAUUGAAGAAGCGGAUUUGUAUGCGGCAUGUGACAGGGUUUAUAACAACAAACAGCCUUCGGAUGCUGACGUUUUCUAUGUCCAUAUAACCUUAGCUAUAAGUACAAAUACUCUCAUGCAUCAGAAUGAGGUUCAAGCUAUAACGGUGACAAUUGGGUUCCGGAAAACAGCUAUAGCUCAUCUUCCUCAAGUGGGUUUAUCUAAUCCAUGGGAACGACUUCAAGCGCUUCAACUUCUUACACACUAUGGUUUCCUCAAUCCCAUGGACGUUGAUUGUUGUAAGUGUGCAGAAGCAGCUACUAGAUUAUGUUUAUAUAUUGGACUACAUCACGAGCUUCCAGCAUCAAUUCAGGCGAAUCUGGACAGCGCAACACUCAACACUCGACGAAGACUGUUCUGGCAUUCAUAUAGCAUUGACUCUGCUGGUCAUACAGCUCGUUGUCGGCCUUUUUUAUUGCCCAUGUCGACAAUCACAGCGAAGUUCCCUGAUUUUCAGUCAGAAUUAUCGCCAACUCAUCAUAUGUGGCUUCUACGGCAGAUAGAGUCUGAAAUCACAGGGACUUUAUACUGGCCUUCACACCAAUUUGAUAAAUCACAUUCUUCUUUCGACCAAUGGUUUGCAACAAUACAUCGGCGCCUGAUCGAAUGGUACAAUAUGGUUCUUCAAAGCAUUAAGCUCACGGAGACAAUUGAGUUUUAUGAGUUGCAUUAUCAUAUUCAGAUCCUACGGCUAAACCGCCCUUCACCACGGUGUCCCAAUCCCACAAAAGAGAUGUGCAAGAAGGCUCUCACAUCCUCAGCUGCCCUGAUUAGACAAUUCAAUAUGAUUGAACAGAUGGGAAAAUUGUUUAAUCUCUGGCACGCUGCUCAUUUCACUAUUGAAUCCGGGGUUUGCCUACUAGCUUCUAUCUUGACCGGAAUUGAACAUACACAGCAAGGCCAAACGCACUUAGCAGGGGACGAUAUUGCGAUCUUGAGUAGAUAUAUCAAAACAUUUUCUUUUCUGCUUGGCAGAAUAUCUCGUCGCUGGCCUGAAAUUGCAGAAUAUACCCCUGUCCUCGACGAUAUCUGCAUCAGAACCUUGAAUGCCUUGGAGCAGCAGUCAGUUGGGCCCGGUGUCGACAAUACGGAGGAUUUCUUGACUCUAAAGCAAACAAUCAACAAUCUAACGUUAUUUCCUGUUUUACCCUGGAAUUCACAGCAGCCGUCGGUAGACGCCAAUAUUGCAUCUCGGACAAUCCGUAAUCAAACCACAGAAGAGAUCUCAGUGCCUCAGCCGGUCGGACUUUCAUCAGAAGCUGAAUAUGCCGGGAUGACGACAGACGAGAUGUAUCUGGUGCCAGCACAGAACUUUGAGGAUCCCUUCCUAUCUCAUUCUUUCCCAUAUAAUGCUCCAGGUUCCGACAUAUCACCCACAGAUUUGGCACCAAUCAAUUCUACUUGGCUGGAUUCUCAGUUAGAUACAGUACAGAGUUCUUUGACGUCAGCAGAUCUUUACGGUCUAGGGGCACUUGAACCUUGGACAUGGGACUUUGCUGGUAUGAAUUCUGAGCAGAUAAUCGCCGAGCUAUUGGACGCCGGGAAUAAUGAGCUUUUAAUGACUGGGGUGGGUGACCUAUGA